AUGGUCGAGCGCCGACCAUCCAUCCUAUCCUUCAAACGGAAGAAAUCAGUUGACGGCGCGGACAGCGGUGAAUCGCACCCAACACCGCCAGAGCCUGUACGCAGUUCGCAGUCGUCCGCUUCACCCACAGAGGAGGACGAGAUUGUGGCGGUGAUACAGGGCAUCAGCCUGGGCGGCGAUGCCAGUGAGGACCAAUCCGCGGUAUCGGGGACGACUCAAAAGCCGCGUUCCGCGAGAGGCCUGUUUCGGCGAGUGUCGACGUCGAUGAAGUCCAGCCUACAUGGCCCCAAGGCCAGGCGGCUCAACAGUGUCUCCGAGGGCUCUUCGACACGUCAGUACGACACGCGCGACCCCCGCCCAAAACCAGAGCCUGCAGAAUCAGAGAAGUUGUUCGGGCUUCCAGCGGACGUCAUGGAUGGCACCAGCGCUACUCGCCAAGCGUCUGCUCACAACAGUCGACCACGACCGGCAUCACAAACAGGCACAAAAUCCUCUAGAAAGUUGAUGCAGUGGUGGGAACUGAAAGCGGCAAGGAGGGAAUAUAGGCGCCGCGCGGCUGCCACCACCGGAUUCGGCAACAGGGGGGAUUUCGCUCGAUUCAACCUAGAAGCUCCUCCUUUGCCGCAUUUUGUGGACCCGCUGAAGUCAUCUUACGAUCCCGCCAAAGGCGCUGCAGCCAGAGCCUCAGCCGCGCAGCACAACGCCAAUAUGCUCCACAGGAAGGAUACCAAGACGUCCAUGAAGCGCCCGAUGAUCACCGACUCGGAGAGCGCGAUCUGCCUGGACUCGACAUACGACACAGAGGACUCGGUAAAGAAGCUUGAGGAGCCUGAGCCAAAAGUAGACCCCGUUCGGGUGCUUCCCUGGGAGAUUGCAGCACAGAUUUUCAGCCACUUCGACCGGACAUUGUUGGUGCGCGCCGAACGAGUCAGCAAGGCGUGGAAUUAUGUAGCUACCAAUGGCCAGAUAUGGCGUGCUGCUUUUGUGGCUCACUAUCAGCCAAAGAUACCAAUGUCGCCCCCUUCUUUCACCAUGGGCGGCGUUGGUCUUGGCGAGGCGAGGGCGUACCAGGACUGGAAGAAAAUGUACCAAAUCCGCCGGGCUAUCGAGCGCCGCUGGUUGGCCGGCAGCCCCGUUGCCAUAUAUCUCAACGGCCAUACGGACAGCGUCUACUGCUGCCAGUUCGACGAAGAUAAGAUCAUCACAGGCUCCCGGGAUCGCACGAUCCGUGUCUGGGACCUGCACACCUACGAGUGCCUCCAAGUCAUCGGCGGCCCCGGUGCCAGGCCGCUUUCCAAUACUCCGACGCCGCUUGAAACCCACCCCUCGAACAAGCACAUCCUAUCACGCGGCAACCGGCCUUCCGUCAACGGCACCGAAUACGGCGAGUCAAUCUACCACAUUCCUGCCUAUUACCACACCCAGUCCAUCCUCUGCCUGCAGUUCGACAAGGAGAUCGUCGUUACCGGAUCCAGCGACACCUCGUGCAUCGUCUGGGAUAUCAAGACAUGGGAGCCCAUCCACCGGCUCGAGAAGCACAAAGCGGGCGUCCUGGAUGUCUGCUUCGACGCCAAAUACAUCAUCUCCUGCUCCAAGGACUCGACCAUCUGCGUCUGGUGCCGCGAAACCGGCGACCUUGUCAAGGUGCUCGAAGGCCAUAGAGGCCCCGUCAACGCCGUCCAGCUCCGCGGCGACAAGCUCGUCUCGGCCUCCGGCGACGGCAGGGCGCGCAUCUGGUGCAUGAAGAAGUUCGUGAGCUUGCACGAACUCGUGUCCCACGACCGCGGUCUCGCCGCCGUCGAGUUCAGCGACGACGCCAAAUACGUCCUCGCGGGCGGCAAUGACAUGGUCGUCUACAAGUUCGAUGCGGACUCAGGCGAGAUCGUCAACACGUACAGGGGCCACACGGGGCUGGUGCGCUCGCUGUUCUUGGACGUGCAUAACAACCGCGUCCUGUCCGGCUCGUACGACCAGAGCAUCCGCGUGUACAAGUUCCGCGAGGGCCACAGCGUCGCGCACUACGAGAACUGGACGACCAGCUGGAUCCUCAGCGCCAAAGCCGAUUACAGACGCAUCGUGGCCACGAGCCAGGACGGGCGCUGUCUGGUCAUGGAUUUCGGGUUCGGGAUCGAGAAUGUCGAUAUCCUGGAAGCGAACUGGAGCCGCUUGGUCGAGGAGAAGAGGAUGGACCAUCCCUAUGGGCGGCGUGAGGGUGAGGUGGAGGAGGGCUACGAGGCAGAGACCGCCUGA